AUGCGUUUGACACCGCUGGAGGGAGUUGGUAGCUACAGCGUCACCCUAACGAAUCUGUACCCGCACGGCUAUGGAGACGACAAGGCGCCGUUUGAGGAUCCGGCGAGCGAGGUUUAUACCGCCAAGUUUGUGGUGGUGGAUGGCGAGGUUGUUGGGCUCGGUUUCUUCGAUGUUGCGAUUGGGGAUACUACGCGGCGCAUGAGGAAGGGCGGGAGUGUCACGUGUACAAUAGGGUUCAUCUCUCAUCUCAUUGAUCUCUCCCCUCUCCACAUUACGCAGAGCGACUGCUCAUCACCUCCUGUCACCCAAGAUGACCUGAAGAGCGUACUUGAACACGAGAUUCGCAACCACGUGUGGGAAUUUUCCCCAAUGAGAUUCGCAACAAGGGUGUGCCAAAGGACGAGGAAAACCUCUGCGGACGUACUUGAAGUGAAACAGAGGAUGGAAAUUGCUGACGACAUCGACCGGGCUGAUUAUUACGACCUGGCCGUCGAUGAACCAGCGUUUCAGGAGGUUUUCGAGAAGUGCCGCAAGGACCUCGACACAAGCACCUUCAUCUCGCGAUUCCAAGCCGCUAAGGGUGGUAUAGAGGGCAAACAGGAUUGCACGCAACUCGUUGCCUUUUUGAAUGCUUGUGUGGCCCUCGUAAAAUCGAAAUGUCCGGAUCUCGCCGAAACAUCAGUUUAUUCGCAACUCGAAUUCCUCGUCUAUGGCCGACCCACACAAGACGGUAUUGAAGGCGAAAAGCCAUUAAAGCCUGAUAUCGUUGGCGUAUCGUCCCCUGACUCGCAGAGUAGUGAGGACUGGCGAAACAAGCGCUUCUAUUGGUGCCCCCCGAGUGCUACAGAGCCCCUGCCACCGAACGCUGCCGACAUCCAGAUCGGCAUCCCUUUGGAAGUCCAAGAUGAAUGGCCCGAGCUCCUGCGACAAGCAGCCACAUAUGGGCAUGCUCUAUUCGCCGCGAAUCCCCUGCGUGUCUAUGCCCUUGUUCUCGCAUGUAACCCUGUCGAGUGGGACUUGAGAUUUCUGCUCUUUCAUCGUGGCGGGCUGUCGUGCUCAAAGCCUUUGUCGCUCGUCACGCAACGCGGCCAGGAGGAAAUGCUGUGGAUCUGGAUGGCUUUGUUCACAUGCAAGACGUUGGCGGAGGAGACGCAAAGUCAUUGCAUGCAAACAUUGAGGAGGUUUUGCAUAGUGCUGUGUGUUGUCGCGGUCGUGCUACGAACGUGUUCAAACUUUCAUACCCUAACCGCCCCGUCGCCGAUCUCGCCCCCAUCACCACAGCUCGUCGUCCACAGACUCCAGCUUCGACCGUCUCCGAUACCAAAUCCGGUGCAAGCGACAUUAGAAGAUGUCAUUGAUCAGCCCGUUACCGCUGAAAAAAAGGGGGUGAAAAUGGCGGGAAAGGCCAAGAAGGAAGAUGUCAGCAUAGCCGCAUAA